AUGAUAUCCAGAAAAGAAUCCACGUUGCCAGCGGAGUUCAGUGACUGUCUUGGCGCCUUAGAUGUGAAAUGUCUUAAGCUAGGUAGUGUAUGUGGUGGGCGGAACACCAGAGGAAUGACUGACCAGUCCCUCUAUCCCCAGGGGAACUCCACACAGGAGUCAGAGGAAGAAUAUAUGAGCAGCAAAUUCAAAUCUACGUCAGUAGAAGCGGAAGACGAACAGAGGGCUUCUGGUGAACCAAAGAUACCAAAAAACUCAGCGAAGGGGACCAAAAGAAAAAGAUCUGGGGAAAAUGACGAAGUUUGCUGUCCACAAGAGAUGCCACAAUGUAGUGACAGCGUAAAAUCUCAGAAGAGGAUACCAAUUCCUCCAUUACCUUCUAAACUGCCGCCGGUCAACCUGAUUCACCGAGAUGUUUUGCGGGCUUGGUGCCAGCAAUUGAAACUGAGCACCAAGGGUCAGAAAUUAGAGGGAUAUAAACGACUCUGCGAGUAUGCUUACCCUCAUCAAAAGGACAUUCCUGCCACAGCAAAGGAGGCCAGGAUCCUAUCGGCAUCACGAAGGAAAGCAAAAAUGGCCCAGUGGGAACUGCUGCUGGAAAGUUCUGAUAAAAAGAUGUCCUCUGAUAGAACUGAUUCUCCUAAAGUGGCUGCUUCCUCUGAGGAGGGGGCACCUGCCCUUGAAGGGCCUCCCGCUCUGCGAGAAGGAGAUGAUGUAACUUUAUCAACUUCUGACCCAGAAGCUCUGUUUGCCUCCUGGAGCAGAACUGCAGCAGGGGCUGGGAAGGUGGAGUCAGUGGAGUCACAAGAGGCCUAUGGGGUCAGGUGGUGCGUGGUCCAUGGCAGAAGUCUCCCUGCUAACACCGAGGGCUGGGUUCGUUUACAGUUUCAUGCUGGACAGCCUUGGGUUCCUGAAAAACGAAGGACAGUGUCUGCACUCUUCCUGCUACCUGCCAGCAACGUCCCACCCCCACACCUGGAGGACAACAUGCUGUGCCCCAAAUGCGUUCGAAGGAAUAAAGUAUUAACGAAAAGUCUGCAAUGAGAUUACAAUACCUGGAAAUGGGAUGCGGCUGUGAUUAUAAUUAAUGACAGAGAAAUGACUACAGCCAACUCCAUGGUGCCAUUUGACAGCUGGACUCAGGCUGCUCCACACUCUCCAUGUUUCCUGCCUGAGCAAAAGCCUGUGAACUGCCUGACAGGAAGCGAAAGAGGAUGUGGCCAUCCUGCCCAAGAUCCCCAGCCCUAAAGGAGCAGAGGAGGAAGGAGAUGGGGAAAUUUAAAAAAUACGAAUUCACCGAAUGGAGU